AUGAAUAAGUAUGAAAUAAUGGGAGUUGUGGGUGAAGGUGCUUAUGGUAUAGUGUUAAAAUGCAGAAAUAAAGAGACAAAUGAAUGUGGUUAGUUAUUUUGUUGUAUUUGUUACAGUGGCUAUCAAAAAGUUUAAAGAAACAGAGGAUGAUGAAGCAGUGAAGAAAAGUAUUUAAAGAGAGGUGAAGAUGUUGCGAAUGUUGAAGCAUCCAAAUAUUAUUUAACUUAAGGAAGCAUUUAAAAAGAAAGGCAAAAUAUUUCUUGUUUUUCAAUUCGUUGACAAAAACUUAUUAGAAUUAUUAGAGGAGAGGAAAACACUAGAUGUAUACUUAUAGCUCUUAGAAUUAGUAAAAUAGCAUUAAAAGAGUGAUAUUUUAAUUGGUUCUUGCAGUGCAUACUUGUCAUUCUGUUGGUAUUGCACAUCGAGAUAUUAAACCUGAAAAUUUACUUAUAGAUAAUGAACUUAAUUUAAAGUUAUGUGAUUUCGGUUUUGCAAGAGUAAUAUAGAUAUAAUCAUUAGACAAUAUAAAGUUAAGAAUAAUUGACUGAUUAUGUAGCUACAAGAUGGUAUAGAUCCCCUGAAUUACUGAUAUCUAAUAAUUAUGGAAAACAAGUAGAUAUUUGGGCAAUUGGUUGUAUUAUGGGAGAAUUGAUAGAUGGUCAACCAUUAUUUCCAGGUGAAAAUGAGAUGGAUUAAUUAUAUCUGAUAUAGAAAAUAAUUGGUCCAUUGACUUAAGAUUAGAUGGAGAAAUUUUAGAAGAAUUAAAGAUAUAUAGGAAUGAAGUUUCCUGAAAUUGUAAAAUCAGAAACUAUUGAGAAAAGAUAUUAUGGUAAAAUGUGUAAUAAAGGUUUGAAUUUCUUAAAGCAAUGUUUAAUAAUGGAUCCAAAUAAGAGAAUGACUUCUUUAAAUUGUUUAGAGCAUCCUUAUUUAUCAGAUGUAUGGAAUAAAGAAAGUGAUGUUAGACCUAAAAGUAAUUUUCAGAGAAGGAUUAGUUGUGAGAGAGAUGAUUCUAAACACAGCAUCAUUAAUCAAUAUGAUUUGGGUGAAUAGAAAACAAAAAAAAUUCAAGAAAAGGCUAUUCCAUAAACAAUAUAGAAUUUAUCAUUUGUAUAAAGAUAAGUUUAUAAUUACAAUAUUGGAGAUGAGACUACUGAAGGUAAUAAAGAUGGGGAUGAUACUAAAUCAUAAAUGCAUAAAACAUUUAAUUAAUCAUUCAAAAUUAAAUUUAAUGAUACUCUCCCUUAAAGUAGAUUAGGAUCUGAAUAAGAUAAAAGAAUUAAUAAAGUUAUAGGUUUAUCAGGCCUCAAGGAAGAUUCUAAAAAAUAACAGAAUAUUCAUAAUAAAUCACUAAAUAAGAGAACUUCAAUCUAAUAACCAUCUUUUUAUGUUUAAGUAAUUAUUUUAUAAUAUAUGAAUAGGGAUAAUAUAAUUUGUAAUCUUAAAAACUUAAUCUAGUUUAUAAUGCUAAUACUUAUAAUUAUUCAAUUAAGAAAUCGUACAUCUCAAAAAAAUGA